AUGACUGCAACGGAGAAUGAUGUUGAGAAGAAAGCGGGUAUGGCCGUUGAGCCUGCCGAGAGCCUCCCUUCAGCUGAGGGGGAUAUGUCGGUCGGCGAAGUCAAUCCAUUGAAGCGAAACCUCAAGAAUCGUCAUAUGCAGAUGAUUGCUGUUGGCGGUGCUAUUGGAGCUGGUCUGUUCGUGAGCACCGGAAGUGCAUUGAGAACUGGCGGGCCUGGGGCUUUGUUGCUUUGUUACUUGAUCGUGGGAGGAAUGCUUCUUCUCACAGUUCAAGCCCUGGGAGAAUUAGCUGUGCUAUUUCCUGUCAACGGUGCUUUCUUCUCGUACUGUGUUCGCUUUAUCAGUCCAGCCUGGGGCUUCGCCGUUGGUUGGGAUUAUGCUAUUCAAUGGCUAAUUAUUCUACCUUUUGAACUCACGGCUGCUGGCAAAACCAUCCAGUUUUGGCGAGAUGACUUGAACGUUGGCAUAUGGAUAGCAGUAUUUCUCGUUGUGCUUUCCGCAAUCCAAUUCUUUGGCGUGAAGGGCUAUGGAGAAGUCGAGUUCGUCCUCGGAAUGAUCAAGGUCACUGCGGUGAUCGGCUUCAUCAUCCUCGGAAUCGUCAUCGACUGCGGCGGUGCACCGAAAGGAGGAUAUAUUGGGACCAAAUACUGGCGUGACCCUGGCGCUUUCACAGAUUUCGAGGGUUUCUGCUCAGUCUUUGUUACGGCGGCGUUUGCCUUCGGUGGAACAGAGAUGGCUGGUCUUGCUGCCGCCGAGGCCGCGAACCCAGCAAAGUCCAUCCCUAAAGCAACAAAACAGGUCUUCUGGCGUAUUAUGAUCUUCUAUGUUCUUGGAACAUUUAUUGUCGGUUUGAUCGUGCCUUCCAACGCCGAUUGGCUGCUUGGAGCUUCGGGUUCCAACACCAAGGCCUCGCCUUUUGUCGUCUCAAUCCAGAAUGCCGGUAUCUCCGGUCUACCAUCUGUCAUGAAUGCGAUUAUCACAAUUUCAGUUAUCAGUGUCGCUAAUUCUGCAACCUAUGGAUCCAGUCGAACUAUUCAGGCCCUGGCUUCGCGGGGUAUGGCGCCUAAGUUCAUGGCAUACAUUGACAAAGGAGGUCGCCCUCUGUGGUGCAUUCUACUUCAAAUCGCCUUCGGAUUCCUUGCGUUUAUUAACGAAGCACCGUCAGGUGGUCAGAUCUUCGACUGGCUUCUUGCGUUAUCUGGAAUUUCUGACUUCUUCAUUUGGGGAAGUAUUUGUUUUGCGCAUAUUCGCUUCCGUUCGGCCUGGAAGGCUAAUGGGCACUCGGAAAAGGAGCUUGCAUAUGCUGCUCCCUUCGGUGUUAUCGGGAGCUGGAUCGGUCUAUCGCUGAACGUCUUGUGUCUCGUUGCUGAGUUUUACGUUUCUGUUGCCCCGAAAGAUGCUGAAGGCUUCUUUGAGAAUUACAUCGCCGCGCCGCUGGUAAUUCUCCUGUUCGUCAUCUGGAUAGUCUACACCAAAUACAACAAAGACCCUAAGCUCGACCGUGGUGGUUGGCUUGUCCCGGUUGAUAAGAUGGAUAUCACUACUGGUAUUCGUGAUGGUGCGCUUGAUGUUGACCUUCCUCCCAGAGUCGAAUAUGCGACAUGGGGCGAGUGGUUCAAAGCAGCUCCUCUGCGGGUUCUCCGCUCUAUUUUCUGA